CUUCUUUCCUCUCCUCCAUUCUCUCUCUCUCUCUCUCUCUCUCUCUCUCGGAACAAAACUUUCAUUUCUUCUUUAUUUUUUCCUCUCUUUUAUUCUCUUUAUCUCUCUCGCUCUCUCUGAAAUUGGCCAUGGAUACGUUCUUUAUAUCGCACGGGUCUCCGACGCUGUCGAUCGAUGAGAGCUUGGCGGCGAGGCACUUCCUCCAAUCGUGGAAGGCCAAGGUGUUCCACCCCGUCCCCAGGGCCAUCCUCGUCGCCUCUGCUCACUGGGACACCGCGGAGCCUACCGUCAAUGCCGUCGAGGGGCCCUCCGACACCAUCUACGACUUCUAUGGCUUCCCCAAACCCAUGUACCAGCUCAAGUAUCCUGCACCUGGCGCACCCAAAUUGGCAAAGAGAGUAAAGGAGUUGCUGCAAGAAGCAGGCUUUGGCCAUGUUAAAGAAGACACAACUCGCGGGCUUGAUCAUGGUGCAUGGGUUCCCCUCAUGCUCAUGUACCCAGAAGCCAACAUUCCAGUGUGCCAGCUCUCUGUCCAAAUGCAGAAGGAUGCUAGAUACCAUUACAACAUGGGGAAGGCCUUGGCUCCACUUGGGGAGGAAGGCGUCCUUAUUAUUGGGUCAGGAAGUGCCACACACAACCUGAGGAUGAUCACCCGAGGCAAUUCACCUGCAGCUAAGUGGGCAGUGGACUUUGAUACUUGGCUCAGAGAGACUCUCCUUGAUGGAAGGUAUGAAGAUGUGAUGCAAUAUGAGGAGAAGGCACCCUGUGCAAAGAUUGCACACCCUUGGCCAGAGCACUUCUACCCUCUCCAUGUGGCUCUUGGGGCUGCGGGCGAGAGAGCAAAGGCUGAACUGAUACACCAUAGCUGGAGCAACGGAUCACUUUCUUAUGCCUCUUAUCGGUUUACAGCUGUUCAAUGAUGUGCUCCAUAACUAGUAAAUAAAUGACAAGCCUCCUCCUGUAAGCUGUGUUUCAAAUUCCUUCUUCCAUUGUUGUGCAGAAUAGGUUCAUCACAGUGACUUGAUUUUAGCUCCCUGGUGAUGCUUAAAGUACCUCUAGAAAUUGUCGUCGAACAAGGUAUUGUGAGGCAUGUUCUUUUAUUAUGGAAAAUCUAUAAUCUUGGACAUUCUUAUAAUCCAACAUGGUGUUGUGGGGCA